ACUAGUCGUUGCCCGUGGAAAAAUCCACGGGUUCGCCCGUCCCUUAUAUUUACCCGUCGCAACAAAGUGGGUAAAAAUAUAUCGCAUUUGAUAUUCAUGUUUCCGUAACAUCAUUUUCUAACUCAACGGGGGGUCCACACAGAGACAGACAACUAUGCAGAUUCCUGAUGUUUAAAAGAAGAGCUCCAUUAGUAAUUUAGAAAUCAGUAUGAGCAUAGCAGGCAAGUUUGAAAAUUAGUAGAAUUUUGUCAAUUUUAUCAGCGUUUCCAGUUUUAUAAAAUAGAAAGAAUGGGUUAAAAAAUUUAAAAAAAAGAAGUAUUGAUGACGUCGUCAACCUAUAUCCUACAACCGUUUUCUUUCCUAAUCAUGUGGAUAAAUCUAUGUUACGUUAUAUACAUUAAUGACGUCAAAUUGAUGUUUUAUUGACAUUGAACACGACUUCAUAUUAUGUAAGGCAAAGAAUCCAAAUUGACGUGGAAAACAUGGGAAACAAAUCAUCAAAGUACGUCAAGAAAUACGAACAUCAUUUGCAACUGGAAGCUGUGCAGAAAACACUGGUGGAGCUGCAACAUGAAGUACGGCAGCAGAAAGAUGAGGUUGCGGAGAAAAAUAAACGUAACAAAACCGAAAUAAAAACCUUAAAAGAUCUUCAUGAGAAACAGAAAAGUUGUUUCCUCGCAAGUGAACGUGACGUCGAACUCCUGAAGAAAGAUAUAUCACGUUUGAAAGAAUUGGACGAACUGAAGCGUGCAAUGCGAAAAUUGAAUAACGACCAUCUGGAUGACAGGACGAAUUUUCACAGCAAAAUAAAACAAGUGAUUGAAAAAGAAAGAGAAGCCUGGGAAAAAGACGUGUUCGAGUUAAGAGAACGUUAUGAAACCAUGAAAAAAUAUUCUAUGGAGUUAAUUUCUUCAGACCUUUCUCACGAGCGCGAGAUUAAAGAACUUCAAAAUCGAAUCCGUUUCGUUGAAAAUAAAUGCGCUUACUCGACAAAGAAAGAUGAUGUAUCUCAAAUGCCGAGUCACAUUUCAACGAACAGAAGCAGAAGUAUAUCACCGAACGAAAGCUUUAGUGGAAACGAGGCUAGCAAUCCCUACGAAUUGAAAUUUUCCAAAAUAAACAUGGCAAUGAAAAAGUUGAAGGAUGACAUCAAAAUUGCAGAAAUAAAAAAAUGUAACUCACAAUUUUAAUUCAAUAUAUUGAUUUUUUAUUUUCA